UCUCAUCGAGCAAGUGUCCUAAAUGGCUUACCAUUUCUUUCUCUUCGCUUUUUACUUGUGUUUUUAUGUUCUCUCUUUGUCCCUGGCACAACCAUUUAGAGCUGUGAAUUUAGGUAACUGGCUGGUCACAGAAGGAUGGAUGAAACCUUCUCUGUUUGAUGGUAUCCCUAACAAAGAUCUUUUGGAUGGGACUCGAGUGCAAUUCUUCUCUAUAAAGCUGCAGAGGUAUCUCUGCGCCGAAAAUGCAGGCGGAACGAAUCUUGUAGCCAACCGCAUCAACGCAGACACCUGGGAAACUUUUGCAUUGUGGAGAAUCAAUGAGAACUUUUUCUAUUUGAGAUUAGUGAUCAAUGACAAGCAAUUUGUAGGAUUGGAAAGUCAAGGAAACAAAAUAGUGGCAAUUUCACAUUCUGCUGGAGAUCCCGAAAGAUUUCAGAUUAUAAGAAAUAGAUGUGAUCCUAAUCGAGUUCGCCUUCAAGCAUCUAAUGGAAAAUUCAUUCAAGUACAGUCAGAGACGCUAGUAAUUGCAAACUAUGAUAGAUAUGGCUGGGAAGAUGAUAAUCCAUCUGUGUUCAGAAUGAAUAAUUUGAACGGCCAAGAUAAUAUGCAACAACUGCAAGGCGAAUACCAAAUAACAAAUGGUUAUGGUCCAAUUAAAGCCCCUAUAGUCAUGCAAAGUCACUGGAAAGCUUGGAUUACAGAAGAGGAUUUCAGAUUCAUAUCAAAGAGUGGUAUAAAUGCUGUGAGAAUCCCAGUUGGAUGGUGGAUAGCAUUUGAUCCAACACCACCAAAACCUUUUGUUGGUGGCUCCUUGCAAGUCUUAGACAAAGCUUUCUACUGGGCAGGAAAAUACGGAAUGAAGGUGAUUGUGGAUUUGCAUGCAGCUCGAGGCUCACAAAAUGGAAAUGAUCAUAGCAGCACAAUAGAUGGCUCUCUAGAAUGGGGAGAUUCAAAAAUACAAGAAACAGUAAAUGUCAUAGACUUCCUGGCAAAAAGAUAUGCAAGCGAUCCAAGUCUUGUAGCAAUUGAAUUGUUGAAUGAGCCGUUGGCGCCUAUGGUCAGCCUGGAAACCCUAUUAAAGUAUUACCAAGCAGGUUACAAUGCUGUAAGGAAGUACACCCAAAAUGCUUACGUGAUCUUCUCAAACAGACUAGGACCUGCUGAUUCAAAGGAACUGCUAUCUUUUGCAACCAACCUUAAUCGUGUUGUCAUUGAUGUCCAUUUCUAUAACCUAUUUAAUGAUCAAUUGUUCAAAGGUAAAAGUGCAGAAUGGAACAUCAAUAACAUUCGGAAUGAUCGAGCUUCUCAACUUAGUAGUUUGACUAUUGCGAAUGGCCCUCUCACUUUUGUUGGAGAAUGGACUGGAGAAUGGGAAGUAGUGGGUGCACUAAUGCAGGAUUACCAGAAGUUUGUUAAUGUACAGCAAGAAGUAUAUCGAAGCGCCACAUUUGGAUGGGCAUAUUGGUCAUAUAAGCUUGAAAAUCCUAAAAGGACCCAUUGGAGCUUUAAAUGUAUGAUUGAGUACAACUAUCUCAAAGUUAUAUAGGCCUUAAAUUAGCUUAUUAGGCAAAAUAACUCUUUAUAAUACAAAGGAUAAUUAUAGUGCAAGUAUGCAACUUGUCAAUGAAUAACUAUUUAUUAUUUAUAAUAAAUUUCGAAGAAAGAAGCAAACAAUAUUUAGGAUAUGAUAUUUUUAAUAUACAGUUGCUAUAUGUUACAUUUGCUUCGAGUUACAAUGGCAAAUAAAUGUGUAUGUCUAGCAACUUUAUUUA